CUUCAAUCAAAAUUUCAAAUGCCCCAAAUGCCAGUUCAUAGCCCCAUUCAGUUAUAACUUGAACUCCAUCGGCGUUACAACGCAAUCAUAUACAGUUUUUUAUUUAUUUAACUAUUUUUGUAUUUGAGAAAUUCAAAGAGCCACCAUGAGCAUAAAGGAAAAGUCAGAGCUGGUGGAGGAAAAACCGAAAACCAAUCGAGCAAAAAUGUAUACCUUUGGUGAGUUGUAUCGGGCUUUUGGGAACAUAACCGUGCCCGGAUUUGUGUGGAAAAUGAUCCUCUGUAGCGAUCCGGUGCUGACUCUCAUCUACAUGUUCGUGGGACUCUACGUCCUUGACGUGCUGACCCGCUACACCCUGGUGCAGCUGGUGGGCGUGGUGGGUCUGACGCUCCUGGCCCACGGCAUCGCCUACACCACCAUCCGUCCGCAUCUGCGAUUGCUGCCCUACGAGAAUGUGAUGGAUGUCCGUCGAGCAGAUUUGACCGUACCGCCGGAAGUGGUCGCCCUGGUUGUCCGCUACUCGACCAACUGGAUCAAUCGCUGGGUGGCCACGGUGCAGUUCCUCCUCUUUGGGCCUUACCUCGUGGCCACUAUCCUGGUGAAUAUGGCCCUGCUGGAAGUGUACAACGCUUUCUACUGGGUGGAGCUAUCCGCACUGAUUAAGUUCGUCUACUGCAUGGCGUUCGUUCUGCCAAGAAUUUGUCGCGUUUUCUAUCUUUGGCUGGACUUGCAGCCGCCCAACGGCCACGUCCACUGGCUGAUCAGAAAGGCGACCACGGGCAGGCGCCUCUUCCUGGAGGCCCUAAAGAAGGCCAUCGAGGAGGACCUCGAGGAGGACCUCGAGGAGGAACUCGAGGAGGAACUCGAGGAGGACCUCGAGGAGGACCUCGAGGAAGACCUCGAGGAAGACCUCGAGGAAGACCUCGAGGAGGUCUUCGAGGAUGCCUUCGGGGAGGCCUUCGAGGAGGCCUUCGAGGAUGCCUUCGAGGAGGCCUUCGAGGAGGCCUUCGAAGAGUCAUUCGAAGAGGCCUUCGAGGAGGACCUCGGGGAGGACCUCGAGGAGGCCUUCGAGGAGGCAGACAAUGAGGUGCAACUGGACAGGAUGACGCCGGAACAGCUCGAGAUCCCGGAGGAAAAGCAACAACCCGUGGUGGGCUGGACAUUCAUUGGCAGGAGACCAUCAAGUAUCGACGAGGCCUUUAACGGAUACACCCAAACCCCUGACUUGGAGAAAGAAAGCAUUGAGGAAGAAGCUGCCUUUUUUUAAAAAUGAUUUAAUUUUCAUUUGUUUUGGGUUAACUGUUUUUAUCCAAAACAAAAUAUUCACAUAAUGCGCGGGGAUAAGGGCUAACACUAAUGAUAUACAAAGAACACGGCCGUGUUAAACAAAUUCUUUCCAAAAAACUAUAUAAACUUACACUUUA